AUAUUAUUAGUCUGGCUAUAUUGGCGUUAGAAACGUCAGGCAAUGACCAAUAAAUGUCAAAAGGAACACUAUUAGCAAAGACCUUCUGAGCGUACCGAGAAAAAGAAAACGUUGUGUAUUAUUUUACUUUUGUUUCUAAUUAAAUUAAUGCGAAAUAAGAAUUUGGUGUAUUUUUUUGUUAAAGUGGUGAACAAAAGUUUAUCGGUGAGUUCGGUAAAUAUAAGGAAUAUAUAAAGUUCAUGUUGAAACAUGAAAAAGCGUAUGGAAACUAGCGAGUGAGUGGAACGAGUGUGUCUGUCGAUCUAUACCGAGGGAUUUCGUGAGGCUUUAAAAAAUUACACUAUAUUCCGAAAAAAGUAGAAUGAAAUUGUGUAAAAAAUAAUUGAUGCGCAAAACUAUUGCGUUUAGAAAGCGCGACUAGUGUAAUAUAAGAAUGGCAACAUGUUAAAUCAAUGUGAUGUAUUAAAAUUUGAUAGUUAAAAGUGGUGGCCAUGAGUAUUUCAAUAUUUUAAUAGUAUUUUGAAUGAUAUACUGCAAUAUGAGUAAAGAAGGAAGAGAGGUAAUAAAUAUGAUGAUUGAAGCGUAUAAAACAGUGAAAAUUGAAGCGCACCAAAGAAGACGAUAUAGUGUAGAAAUGUUAUCGAAAAAGUUAAUGUGGAUGGCGUUAGGUAUUGUAGCGCCCGCGCCGUCGCAGACGUCGUCUAUGCUGCCUCAUGUCAUCAUAAAGAGUAGUGAAUUGCUACGACACGGACACGGAGUUUAUUGUUCUUAACGACGAAUAAGAGGAAAUAACAGAAGUGAAACAACUAAUUGGAGAUAUUCUGCAACAGGCAAUAAAAAAUGAAAACUGUUAAUUUGAUUAUUAAGAAAAUAACAAAUUCAAGUGUGUUGUUUAGUAGUGAAAAUAUAGUGAAUAUUGUAGCGUGGAAUAUGCUGGUACUGCCGGUGUAGUGUUAAAGUGUAUAUAGUAAAUGCGGUCGGCGUCGCGCCAUACACAACGUUUACGUCGGCGUUGUCAUGCGAAUAGAAACAAAAGAAAUCAGUGGCUAAAGUUUACUCGCAGUGUGAGUAAGCGAGUGCGCUCUAUUUUAUUCCUUGCCGGACACCGUGUGAGAGUUUGGCUAUAAAAAUACUGAUGUUGCCAUCUUUUCUAUUUAUAUAUAAAUAUUUUCAGUGAUGGAUAAGUUGAAUAGAAAUUGUGAAAAAAAUACACCAAUAUGUACAUGAGCUUGUUUUCAUUCAGAAAAAUAAUACUUCGUCGUUAAAACUGCAAAAAUACUAUUUCAAUUAUAUUAAUGUUAAACUGAUGUGCCUACGACACAUGUGUUCCGUUUAUAAAUAAGUGGUAAAUGACCUCGCAACUCGAGUAGUUGUCAAGGUUCAACCAACCAUCCAAGUAUUCAUAAUAUGUACAUACAUUUAGAUGUAAUAGUAUUUUAUACUUUCUACAUAUCCUUGCCAAGUUCUUCUGGGAGUAUUCCUUAUUAAUGUUAAAUUAAUUAUAAAUAAUUUAUAAAAACUCGCUAUGUCCUAGAAAUUUAACCAUUUGUAGUUAUUUAGAUAUUGCAAAGUAUUAACUUUUGGCAAGCAUACUUUAUUAUUGUAUGAAUAUAUACAAGUAUAUUUAUGUAUGUAUAGGACAUUUCCGUUUCCGAACCUAUAUAGGUUUAUAUUCAUUAUACUUCCUCUUUUCCAAAAUUGUGCAUAUAAUAUUUCUAUACGUACAUAUGUCCAUACUACAUAAGUAUAUGUUCAUUGGUUUGUACAUUGUUUCCUCACUUUACUAUUUGCCAUCUUUUAUGCUCUAAACCAAGUUCCAAUACUAUCACUGCUGCCGCCUUUGAAGAUAGCGAGCUGCAAAAAGAAUUGCAUAUGCAGGCAUCUGGGCGGCAUGUUGCAAGUGAAACGGUGCAUUAGGUGCUUGCUAUGUUACCACACGACUUUCUUUCGGUUCCUUCAUAGUUGCGCUCUCGUUUUUGUAGUACUAUAUAGUUUUCACAUUACUGAAUGAAUAUAGAAGUGUAGUGGAUGCUACAGUAAAUUGUUCAUUGUGGACUCUUCUAGUACAUCACCAGACAUUGUUGCAUUGUAGAAAUGUGUAGAUACUAGGCGAUGGGAAAUAUGCAAGCAAUACGCAAAAUGAGCAUGAGAAUGUGCAAGUGAAAAUACCAGAUAUGGUUAAAUUGCACUACAUUUGUAUUUUUCCAAUGUUGAAUUUUUUUCUCUGUAGUUGCUACACUAUCAGUAUAUUACACUGCAUCCGGAAGUUUUCUACGCUGCUAAUAAUAACAGUGAAUUGGUAAAAAUCGAAAUGUCAUAAGACAGUUUUAAUAAGUGAAGUUUUUGUGGAUAAGUAGCCUCAAAUACACCAUAGAACUACCUUGAAAGGAUAAAAAAAAAUAUGUGAUAGAAAAGUGAAAUGAAAUAUGGAAAUUCACCGUUGAAUCAAAGCAAAUUUAUAAUUAAGUUAAAGAGUGUAAAAUAAAAAUCAACAAUUACAAAUUAGAUGAUUUUAAAUCGAAUGUUUUUGCAUACAUAUUUCACACUGGCAAAGCAUAUGUAGUGAUAUAGCAACAAUAACAACUUAAAAUUAAACUUCCUUAACAUUUGCGGACACCGAGCUAAAGUAGUAGAUGCAGUUAUGGCCUCGAUUUGGCGGUAUCCGAAUAGAACGAAGUACCGUGCUAAAGUUCCACAAGAUCACGAAGACUACUAUCGACUGGAUCCCAGUAAAUAUAACAUAGAAAAUGCCUAUGAUAUCUAUAGAGCGCUGUGUUGCCGCAACACAAGCGAUACAAAACUUCUAUUUUUGCUUAAUGGUCUGGCAACACUUUGCAAACAGCAACAGACGGAGGCACAUAAUCCAAAAAAUUAUUUAGGCUUUAACACAGAAGAGUUGCUCUAUUGUUUGAGCGUCUCGCUAAUCCACACAUUUACGCAAGUGCGUGCUGCCGCUUUGCGCACCAUUCGUUAUGUGCUGGCGACACCACGUGACGUUAAAAUAUUCAACUCAAUGCAGCUGCAACAUUUAGUAUGCCGCUCCAUCGAUGUGCUGCUGAAGAAUGAUGAUGAACGCGUGCAAGCGCUGAAAUUGAUUCGCAAGAUGCUGGCUAUUUCACCGGUCGACAUCAAUCCCGUGCUCGUGCGUUGUUUGGUGUCACUCGCCGACAGCGGCAUUGAAGAUGGUGAUAAUAUGUUGCGCGCCUGCCUGGCCACACUAUGUGAGUUCGCGGUGAUGAAUCCUGUGCUGUUGAUCGUCUGCGGCGGCGUCACAGCAAUCACACGCAACGUCCUGGAGUGUCACAAUCCACGUAUCGCUGAGAGCCUGUGCGGCGUGCUGCUGUAUUUGUUGGAGUGGCCGCAGACGCGCAAUAUAUCGGGCGUGCGGCUGGAUUGCCUUGCGGCGCCAUAUUGCGAUUUCACAUACCGUUUGGGCAUCAUGAACAAAAAUAAGGAUGCUCGUGAAUUGCGCUAUACUAGUUGCCGCUUGGCAUUGCUGUCGGUUUUGCGCAGUUGGACCGGUACAAUUGAGUUCUGUAAUCCGAGCAAACCGUCGGGGUUAAAAGCAAUAGUGGAUACGCUGUAUCUGAAUCAAAUGGAAGUGAGAAAAGCAAUAUUGGAUUUGCUUUACGAACUUUUGAAUGUACCGCAACCGCCCUGGACGGAUGAUUACACGAUAGCCUUGCAGACUGUCGAUCCUUCAGACUUUCAGGAUGCUUGGUUGCUCAGCAAUGGCUUUGUAGCAAUGGAAGGCCGCUUUAUCUUGCCGAGUUUGGCUGCACGUGCGCCAAAUGUUUGCGAGCAACAUUUGUCAUUACUGCUGUACUGUUUUCUAGAGACUGGACUCUUAAAUGCACUCGUCGAGGUGAUCAGAUCGAGCGAUACGCAUCUGUCUGUGCGUGCCACUGUGCUAGUUGGUAAAAUUUUGCAUUUAAUGCAUACUCAUUUACCGGCGGAUAUCUGCAGCACCAGCCCGGCACUGCCGACACUAAUUUCGCACGCUACUCAGGGUAAUCAAAACGCCACCGCCGCAAUAUCAGCUUUACAAAAUUACCAAAAAAUGCUACGCAAUCGUCCUGCAUCAUGUAGUUUAUUUUUGGAUAGUAUUAUACAAGGGGGAUCCUUAAUACAAACACGUCUGUUUCGUCGUGAAAUCAACGCUCAGGAUCAUGCGCGGUCGUUUAGUGGCAAUGCAUUGCAAUCGCCUCCAGUCGGCGGCCAUUUGACCAGUGGCGGUAUACUGGGUAUUGCCGCCGGUGGUGGUCUUCUCAUUAGUGAUCGACAGCGUCUUGACUCAGUCUCAUCCAGUGACGAGUCGAAUGUGCAACCAUCCUCAUCUCGUCGUGCGAGCUUCCGUUUCAAGCGAAAACUAUUGCCGUUCUUUGAAAAUCAACGUGUGGCUAAAUUAAUACGUGAUUCGAAUGUUUUGUCAUCGCCGGACGAUAGUGGUUGGGACUGGGAUAUUAUUAUCACUAUAUUGCGCUCGAACAUAAUGCGUAGGGUAGACGAUACGGUCAACAAUUUCCUCAAAUCGCUCUUGGACUAUUACAAACCGAGCAAAAAUCGCUUUUCUCAUCAAGACUUGGGCAGACCUGGAAGAACUAUGCCAGCGUUCGUUAUUGCAGGCUUAGAUUUCAUUGACUGGCUGCUGGCUAAUCCGAUGAUGGAGAGCAUACGCAUACUCACCGAUUACUUUUCGGACAUCAGCAAACAAUUGCUGGCCGUGAGCACAUCAAAUCGUGCACACGACUGCCUCUUUAGUCCACAACACAUGAGUAGUACAAUGUGUCAGCAGUAUUUUUUAUACAUUGGCCGCAUGUGUCGCGCACAAAAUGGUAUUCGUAUACUAACCGACACGGCUGUAUUUGAGCACUUGAUAAAUUUAGUGCGCAAUACUGACCAUGUCUGCUAUGUGAAGUUAACUGUCUCCGCUCUAGAUUACUCGUUAGAAUCGGUGACACGUAAGGUGUUGGAGAGAGCUUUAACUGUGGCAAAAGUGCGUAGUGGCCGCUUGUAUGCCACACAAUUUUUGACCGUUCUACUGCGUGCGCGUCUGCACAACUUCGAGGUCUGGGGUAUACCACUGAUAAUACAGCAGACGAAAGAUCCCGACCGUAGUGUCGUUUUGGCGGCGUUAGAUGUGCUUGAAGAGGCUUGUCACGAAAAGUAUUAUCUCGAAGAGAUUGUUAGCUUGUGGCCGAACCUAAAGUCACUUGGCGAUGGUGGACGCUUAAUAAUGGCGCGUUACUAUUCACUGCCGCGUGGCUUAAAUCGUUCGCAGGCGCGCAUACAAGAAGAGAUUGAGUACUGGAAGAGCGGCUAUAAUAAGCGCUAUGUCCUGCUUGUCGAGGCUAAUACACAUUCCAGUUUAACAUUGCACAUACGCAAUGAAGAUGGGCACUAUAGUCGCCGCAAUUGCAAUACCCGACCGAUUAUAAUUCCUCCAAAUAUUUCACCUCAUCUCUAUGGUCAAAUGGUUCAAACAGCUCAAGGUACAACGGCAUUGCGAAAAAAUGGCGAUUUACCGCAUUUGAUUGACGUGAUUAGUCGUGGAAAAUGCUCGGAUGAUGCCGAAUGUCUGGAAUUGAAGUCGGCCAUUUGGGCCGUUGGACACGCAUCGACGCACUCGAAUGGAAUUGAAUAUUUCUUAGAAUCGGGUUCGAGAAUCUACGAGAAAUUGGUUAUACUGGCAACAAAAUGUGUUGUAUACUCAAUACGAGCCACUUGCUUCAAUGUGUUGGGCUUGAUCGGCGGUACAAACGAUGGUGCUAAUAUACUCUACAAGCUAAAUUGGUUGAGUGUACGGCACGAUCGCAACACUGUUUGGCCAGUGCAUCAACCAGAAGAUUGGAUGUCGAACAACUACACGCCGGUGCGACAUCAUUACGAGGAUAUGCCACCUUACAAUUACACCGGUAUUGAUGAUCAAAUCGAUGGCUCAUAUACGGGUAGCUACUGGAAUUUGCUCUUGAGCAGCAGCAGUACGACGGGUCAUGAUGGUGGCGCGGCCAGCGCCAGCUCUGAACCGCCAGAUGCGAAUACCACGGCCGAUAGUAGUAAAACGUGCGAUGAUAUUGCCACAACAAAACCACCGCAACCACAACACCAACAGACGCUGCAGCAAACCGUUAGCACAAAAUCAAAAACCCUACCGGAGAAUACAUAUGUGCGUCAUAGCAAACAUCAGCGUUCUUUGUCGGAGUCAAAAACUACGGAUGUGAUUAGCCUAAUAAGUGGCACUGCCAUUGGCGCUAUGGGGGUGCAACAUCCGGCGCAUCGCAUACGCUAUAACUCCUGCACCGAUUCGAAUACAUCGGGUGUGAGCAGUUGUGAGUCGGUGACCAUGCGGAUACAGACCGUGGGCGAUUUUCAGCAAUUUCCGUUGAGUCCUAUACCGAGCAUGUCGAAUCUGGUUGUUGAUGUGCAACCGCAAAGAAGUCUCCUACUGCGUGGCACCUCUUUAGUUGGUGCUUCAUAUCUGAAUACCUCACUAAGUCCGGCGGAUAUAAAAGGUUAUGCGCAGUUACGUUCAUUGCGAAAAUACUGUCGACCGAUAGUCUCUGAGUCGGCGACAGACGUUUACGAUAUUAUCGAUCGCAUUGAGUCUCUCCCCCUCGGUUCCUCCGUGAUGCGUCCACGCAAAACUUCCUUUGGUGAAUCGCAGCGUCGCAUGAAAGUGCGUAGCUUGGAUCGGCAAUCUUCGCUGCGCAUACCGCGCUUAGACUUUGAAGAAUUGCAGCAAGUACCAUUGCCAACACUGGCAGCACCAAAGUUUCUAGCACAAAACGAUUUGAAAGGUCCUUGCUAUGCAGGUAUUUGUCUUCCAAAAAAUCUGCUUGAUCUCUUUCCUACCCGCAAUGUGGGACGCACGUACGUCUCACGCGACAUACAAGAUCAGGACUUGAUGGAUAUAAAUUUGCUUACUGCAAAUCAACAGUUCCUCAACGAUUCUCUCAACAAUGAAUGUGGCGAUGAAUCUUCGGUCAUAUCGUCACUUUCCGACGUGUCGUCGGUGAGUAAGCGUUCGAAGUGGCUCGGCGCUAAACAUGGACGCAACAAUUGCCUCCAUUGUUCACGUGCGCGACGUAAUCGCACACAUACGCAACGCCUGGAUAGUGAUGCAGCCACCGCGGGUGCCGCACUUACCACAGGUGGUGAACUUUACACCAGCAGUGGUACAUUAGUUGGUGCCACAACAACUACACACGUCACGCGUAAGACCAACAAACAGCCACCAGCCGCACAACAACUGCCAAGCAUUCAACAGUCGACGAAGUCACAACCGCCGCAGCAAAACGCGCAAAGCUCCUCCACUAUACAGCUAUCGGACAUCUCAUUCAACUCGCCGGAAAGUAUACUGAGUGAGGAGAGCAUGCCCGAUCGCCUGACCGCCAACAUAUUGUUCAACGUGCAACGUUUGGCCAACCCGGUCAGUGCGCGGCUGACGAAGAAGGCAUUGUUGGAGCUGAAGCAGAAGCAUCCAGCGGCCUUUCAAGAUAUAUGCCUCUAUUCCGAGGUGUGCAAAACAUUGGGGCGCAGCAGUUAUCGCAUGAACGCUCGUCGAUUUUUACAGGAAUUAUUUCUUGACUUGAAUUUCGACUCGUUCUAUGCUGAGCCCUCAGAUAUAUUACUGAAGAAGGAGAAGUAUAUGGAUUUCGAGCGUGACCGUAAUGAAGUGGAGCGCUUGCAUGAGCUGAGCGGUAACUCACGGGCAACCAAAGGUAAGAGUGGUGCGUCCGCUGCAUUAGGCGCUAUUGCUAGUGGACACGGUGGGGAGUUAAGCGGUGGCACUACGAAGGUAUUAACAACACAAACAAUAGCUGGCUUGGGCUAUAUGCCAACGCACAAGGCGGUAGCGCAUCUCAGCGGCAAAUCACAACCACUGGCUAGUGUUUACGAAACCAGCUGUGAAAACCUACUGCAGGAUGGUACAACAAAGGCUGAACUUAAUGUGAAAACGAAAUUCAAAGGUGAUAACAAUCGUGAGGAUAAAACGGAUGCGCGUACAAAAGCUAAAACGCACGUCAACACAUCCGCCUCGGUGAGCGUCACUUCGUCGUUGGGUCGUGAAAUGCGCAAUGAAUUGCGUAUAACCUCCGAUAGCGAUGAAAGCGAUUAUGAAGAUAGCAAUCGUUCGACGCAGUGGAUUGCGGCACCAUCGGUGCUGACCAACGAUGAUGUGGACGAAGUGGAUGGCAUUGCGAUACAACGGUGUUCCAUUACGCCUGCCUCGUCGACGACGGUGGCAUUUUCAUGCAAUACAACUGGCACAAACACCGCCUCCAGCCAACCGACGAUAAGCAGCAGUAAUUGCAGCAGCGAACAAACGACGAAUAGCAGCAAUCGAAGCAGUAUUUGUACGAUAUCGCGACAACCGACGAUGGCCAGCGGAUUUUCGGACAACAAUAUGGAACACAUUAGUGUUAGCAGCAAUAGCAACAUCAACAACAAUAACAACAAUGCGAAUGCUAAUGUGAACACCAGCUGUAGCAGCACGAAUUUGAAUGCGAAUAUAAGUACGAGUGUGAGCAGCGGUAGCGUCGGCACGAGCACGAGCACGGGCAUCAGCAGUUGUGGCGUCGGCGUCGUCGGUGGCGCCAACAACACAGGUGGAGCGAGCAUAUUAGAAAACCAAAAUAAAAAGUAUACACGCGGACGUUUUUAUACGCUUGAAUUGGACUUGAGUUGUACGAAAAAUAAAUUUCCCAUUACAGAUCGUAGCCGCAAUAGUGCAAAUUGGAAAACGGAAAGUGCUGUCGCUGUCGCUGCCGCUGCUACAACGUCUACUGCUACCAACAUUGAUGGCGCAAUUCUGCGGCGUAGCAGCUGUACGCAAGGUCUUGGCGCCAAUGGUGGACUGCUCACGUUAGGCGCAACAAGGCAACCACCAAAUUCACUUACAACAACAAACACAGAAGCCACGUCGGCGUCAACUAGCACCAGCAAUAGCAAUUUCCACUAUCGUUUGCCCAUCAUGCGGCAAUCAUACACAGCAGGCAUUAUGCCACAAAUGCAAUACUUCCAUGCAGAUGACGGCAGCAGAGAUUCGAUUCGCGACACUACUACUACCACCACAAAUAGCAGUAACAGCAAUGCUACCGAUGGUGUCGUUGCGAUUGAACCAUUGACUACUAAGCAUAAUGUUGCUGCGUGUAAUCAGCCAACGACGAUCACGACGAGCAGCGUUAAGACACUAACAAUAACUAAGAGCUUGGCGGCGUCACUGGCGAAGCCUAUCGGCAGUUUGUACUGUGAGAAACGCUUGCAGGCGCUAAAAAUGGACACAAAAGCCACUGACACUUAAAUUCACGCGACUUCCAUGUAAAGUGGACCCAAAACAAAUACCAACGGACACUUCAGUUUAUUAUUAUUUUUCGCUUACCCACCAACCCCCUAUUUUAUUUGUCUCCUGCCUUUCAGCAGCUGAUUGAUACCGUAUUUAUUUUUAAGUUUACGCUUUUAACAAUAGGAAUUGAAUUAUGCAAAGUAUGCAUGGGAGUAGACUAUAUUCUAAAAAGUGAUUUUCUCUAUCAAGGCAAGUCGUGGGUAGUUUUAUAAUGUUUGCUUAGGACAAUUCGCUUAUUGAAGUUAUGAAAUAACGUACAUUUACUACACGAUUUUUGAAAAGACUCUGAAAUUGUUAACACUAUACAUGUGUAUAUAUCUGUAAGCGACUUUAUUUUGUUUGGAUUUGGUAUCACUGUAUUUGUAGCAAGAAAUAUGUUUUCAAAAAAAAAUUACGAAGUACUAAACAAAAGUUUAUUAUUAAAAAAAGGCUUUACAGCCAGUACUUUGUACCACAAAAUGAAAAAAGAAAAUUGCUUGCUUUCUAUUUGAAAAACAAAUUGCUAAUACUUGUGUUGCAAACGAAAAUUCUAAAGGCUAGUAUAUGUAUAUACAUAUAUACAAAAUGUAUCCGAAGCAAUGAAUGAAAAAAUUUAAAAAAAAUUAUAAAUGCAUUGUACAGUUAAAAUUUCAUAACAAUUAAGAUACGUUUGGUUUAUAGGAAUUCUUUGAUUAUACUCCAUAAACUGCAUUAUUAUGCUAGUACUUGCCGCUAACAUGUGCUAAACCAAAAAUUAAUCGGAUCUGUUAAUAAGUGGUAGCCGUGAGUGCUGUAGUUACAAUUAGGAAAAAUCGUUGGAACAAAUAUGUAGAUUUUCAAAUUAAAUAGCCAAACUGCAGAAAAAGCGUGGGAGAGUACGUAUGCAAUUAUAGGUUAUAUUUGCUCCAAUUAUGGUUAGAAGCUGUUAGGAUUACAUGCAAGAGUAAGGAAGAACGUUCCACUAGCAUUUUAUGGCCGAUUCACAGACAACUUUUGCUUAGCUUUGUGUCAGACAUUUUCUUUAACAGAUAAUUUCCAUGUAUGCUUUUGUAUGAUUGUAUGAGUUCGUUCAAAACCGGGGCGAAGCAAAAUGUUGGACAAUUUCACUUUUUUACGCUUUGCCAAGCAACAGUCGCCAUUUAUAGAGAGAGUAGAGAGAAGCGCGGAAAGCAAAGUGUUCAUUCUGACAUACUCUGCGUUUUUCGCUUUAUUGUCACUGUGUGAAUUGUAAAGCAAAGCAAACAGGGUUAUAUGUGAAUCGGCUAUUAUUCCUGAUAUGACCGUUAUAUUAUAUUAUUGUUAUUUUUGUAUGUUUGUAUGCUUUUUAUAAAGUACGAAAAUCGACUAUCUGUUUUCAGGAUAUAUAAACAUUCAGCAACAGUUAAUAGCCUAAAUUGGUGUGCGCUUUAUUUUUUGGCAAAUUUUCUAUUAUACAUAUAAUUUGCAUAAAAAGGGUAUUAAUAUUAUUUUUUACUUAUCGAACUUUGUACUUGUAGCAUGAAAAUUCCAAUUUAAAUUUGUUUUUCAAUGUCCUGCACUCUUCUAAUUUUUCCUGUACAACAGUUGUUCAUCGGUAAUAUUUUCUAAAGCAAUACAACUACUGUACAUGCAUAUUUGUGUACUUUGACAGUGGCGAUUAUCUAUUUUCGAACUUAUUUUGUUAAAAACAAAGUUUUUCUUAACAUAUGAUUUCGAUUAAUGGUUGGUGAAGAGCAUUAUAAGAAUUUCGUCGCGAAUCGAACACUCAAGUGACAUAAAUCUAGUAGAGAAAUUCAGAAAGAGACAGAUUUUAUACCGCAUAUGUACAAAGAGUAUAACAAAUAACUUUUUAAAGUGGUGUAAUCGUUUGUUAGCUUAUCUAUUUGAUUUUGCCAGUCUCUGUGAUUUAGACUAGUCAUAACAGAAGGAAACCUCUUAAACCUUAUGAAAUGUAUAUAGAAAUGAUCAGCCUGACCAGCUGAGUCGAUUUAGUCAUGUUCGUCAGUCCGUCAGUCUGUAUAUACGCGAACUAGACUCUCAGUUUUUGAAGCUGCUCAUUUCUCGGAAUCGGAAAUCGGAACCACUAUAGCAUAUAGCUUCCAUACAAACUGAACCAUCAAAAUCAAGUUGUUUUAUGGAAAACUUUUUUAUUUGAAGAUAUAUCUUCACGAAAUUUGACUUAUAUUAUUGUCUAAGGUAAUGGUGCAAACUCCAAUCAAAGCAUACCUCUAACCGAUGAAAACCAAGUUCUUGCAUGUAAACUUUGUUUUAUUUGUGAAGGUUAUUGUAGCUGCAACCAAAGUUAACGUUUUAUUUUUUGGUUGAUUUUUUGUCACUACAAGUUCUAGAGUAUCAAAGACAGGCUGUACUCUAUUGUAUUGAAUUCUACUUGAUAACUGCACUGUGAUUCUUACUUUUGACAAGCGAGUAGAGAAAUGGCGAAUAGAAGACGAUGUUUUUACAUUAUUUCAAUUUUGAAGCGAUUUGGUUGAAUUUAUUUACAUACUUAAAUUACCCAUGCGUGAAAAAUUUUACAAGUUUUUUUGUUGAACAAUAGUAUCAGUCAACAUUAUAGUUUCUAAUAACAAAAUAAAUAUUUGUUGGUAAUAAAAUAAUUUUAUUUUAUUUUUCUAAAACAUCUUUGCUUAAGCUCAGCCCUACAAAAAGUACACAAAUAUGUAUGUACAAACAUAAACUUGAAUGUUAAGACUUUAUCCUAACGAUAUACGAACAAACAUACAUACAUGCCUACAUAUAUUAGCUCACACAUUAUAGUUCAAUUCUAAUGCAUUUCUACAAUAGUUAGUUACGAUUUUAUUACAACAAUAUGCCGACAAACGAAUUUCCUAUUUAGCAUAGGUAUAAACAGAAAACAACACAAAAGACAACUAAAAAAACAAAUUAAUAAUGAAAUAACAUAAAAUGAACUGCAGCUGGUGGCAUUUUCCGCAACAUUACAGAAAAUAUACAUACAUACGAGUAUAUUGUACAAAGGCAAAUAAAUUGUAAAGAAAUGUGAAAACUCAUGUAACACACUUACACAUGUAUAUAAAAGUGAUAGAGGCAAAGAAAUUAACAGUUCAUAAGUAUUAAAAAAUGUUUUUUGUUUUUAACACAUUUGCAAUAACUUACAACAAAUAUAGCGAAAUAUAAAUAAUACGAAUUAAUACAUAACAACAAAACUCUCAACUGCCACUAAGAAAAUAAUGAUUUCAACAAAAUAAAACAAAAAAUGAAAAAUGAACGAAGUUAUUUGCUUUAAGUAACGAAUAUUUUUUAAUUCCUUCAAUGCUAUAGCUCUAAUGGUUUAAGAGUUGCAGUUUUAGUUUUAUUUUUUUAUAUGUAUUUAAACUCGUACGUAAUUUCUUUUUGUUUUUAUUGCAAACCUUCACUUAAGUUUCAGUUUUCGCCUUAAAAAAUGAUCCAACGUAAACAAGCCUUUUUAUUAGCAAUUUAAAUCUUUUUCCAUACAUUUUACAUGUUUUUUUUUAAUCUUUGCAAUAAAUUUUUAUCAACACAGCAAAUAAACCUAUAACUGUAAAAUAAUGAUUUUCUGUUACAAAAUUUUCCGCUCUACAAAAAAGUUUUUUUUUCAUAAAAAGAUUCCUUUAAUAGUUAUAAGCAGUUAAAGUUAUGCAUCAAAUGAACUGUACAAACAGUACACCAUGUCGUAUAAGUAACACAAAUAAUUUAGGCGCGGUUCAAGUUGAAAAUAGUUUGUUUACGUUGGAUCCUUUAUUUUAGAGCAAGAACUGAAACUUCGUGGGCGUUUGUAAAAAACAUUAUUUGAGAAAUAACGGACACCCUGAUAUAUACGUAUACAUAUAUAUAUACGCUGUGUAUAUGCGCGUGCAACUCUUAAACUACUACUUUUAAACAAUUUUAUUGUCCUCGACUCUCCGCAAUUAUGUACAAAUGUUUAUUCUGAUUUGCUUUUUCGUCUUCGAGUUAUAUGUAUGUAUAUAACUAUUUUUUAUAUACUAUAUAUUUUCAAUUUAUUUCGCUUUUUACAUAUGAGUUCCUUUAAGCAACACGAACUAGUACCAUAAAACAUACAUACAUACAUACACAUGAACACUGAAGCUAGCUUAGUUUUAAAGUAAUUGCAAAUAAUAAGAAAGAUAAACAACAACAAAUACAAAAUAAAUAAACAAUGUAACUGCAUUUUUGUUUCCUAUUACAACUACAUAAACACAUACUAUAAAUACAACAAAAACAAAUAGUUAAUUUACAUAUUAGUACGAGUAGCUAAAUGAAUUUAAUUAUUUAUACGACUUUUUUUUAUUUAUUUUUGUUUUUGUGUAUUUACUGGUUUAAUAAGUUAGUAUGCACGCACGUUUCCUACGAAGACGUAAAAUUUUUCGUAAACAUAAUAGACGUUGAAACGACAAAAUGGUAAAAUUAUAAAUUGUUUGUGUUAUUAGUUGGCUUACCGUUAACAAAAUACGAUUUCCUACGAGCGGCUUAUACGAUGAAGUAAGGCACGCGAAUUUGUAUGCGGUUAAGGACUGUCGCUUCGACAGCAUGCCUUAAAAAUUUCUUUAAGCCCCUAUCACAACAACAAAAACGUGCUUAUAACCGUCAAAAGAAAUUGCGAUUUAAUAAACGCGCGUUAUUAUAGCCGAAGAAUAUGCAUUUCUGCAAUUGUAAGCAAUUUUUUUUUGCAUUGAAAUUUGCAUACAAAAAAAAACAAAAUAUGAAAUCUACACACACAUACAUUUUCACUUAAUGCAUACACUCGUUAGUGUUUACGUUCAACUGAUUAUGAAGUUAGUAUUAAGUUUUUUGCGUAAAUUAAGUCUUAGCAUAAGCAAAACAGAAUAAAUGCAACUAUUAUUCAUUAAUUAUUGAUCUUGGCGUGAAGUGAGGUUAGUUUCUAGUUUGUUAGAUGCAUACAUACAUACAUAGUAUAUUUAUGCAAAUAUGUAACAACAAUAUACCAACUGACAACAAAAAUUGUAUAUUAAAGUAAGCAAACCAAAUUAAAACAAAAAUAAAAACAAUCGUUUUAGCGGUAAGCGUAGUUCGAACAUAAAUAUGCAAGAAGAAGAGAAAAAUUACAAAAAAAAAAACAAAAAACGAUUGAUCGAAUCUUUAACUUGAAUAAUGAAAAAUAUGUAUUAAUAUGUACUCUAAUACAUACAUAUAUAAUUUAUAGCCUCCUAUGAACGCCAGCGUAGGCCGAAUGUAACAAUAGUUUAAAGAGUUAUCCUAAUAGUUGAUUAAAACGUCAAGCUGUAUUUGUAGCAAAGCAAAGGCCUACAGAAAUAAGUAUAUAUAUAUACAUAUAUAUAAAGUAUAUACAAAUAUACAUAAAUAACUACCUAGUAAUAUGCUAAAAAUCAAUUCAUAUUUAUUAUUUCACAACUAAACUAACUGUACAAUAUUUAGGUGAUCUAUGAACUAAAGAAAAAAGUAAUAAAUACAUACACAUAUAUAAAUAAGUUAUAAGUGAAAUACAUUGCGUUAUCGCAAGCAGAAAAUUACAGAAA